AUGUUUCCACCAACAAAGCGUGCCGCCAAAGUCAAGAGGGCCGUGACGGCUGAAAAGUCUGCCAAGACUGUGUGGACCGCCGACAUGGUGUCGACGCUGUUGGAUCGGCGUUGCGACGACUUCGCAGCAAGCUUUGAACUACAUAGAAGCGCAGCUCAAUUGUCAGUCGUGUGGGGAAAGAUCGCUUUGGCAGUAAAUGUACAACAUGGAACAAACACACCAGCGUUGGCAGCAAAGAACAAGUAUUCCAGCCUUAAGCGCGAGUACUCUGCCAUCCGAAUGGCCGAGAAAGAAACUGGAAAUGGCCCCCCUGUGGUGUACCCCAUGUAUUGGGACUGUCUUGUUUCGGCUUGGGGCAGCAAGUACGGCCUCGGUCAUGUCGAAUACGCGUUUGGAGCAGGCCGCAACGUGGAAGAGAGCGAUGGAAGUGAUGAUGCUGACACUGAGCGUGACGACAAGAAACGUCAACCGAUUGUUGAUGCCGAAGUUGCGCGGCAGCGUGCAAAAAGACCAAAAAAGUUGGACAUUGGGCAGAGUUUUGUUGCUCUUGGCGAGAGCCUGGCUGAAGGAAUGAAAGGUUUGCAUCCAACGACGAUGAACGACAACCAAAAACAGGAAAAUGCAAAGUUAUUGUCAGCUAUCGAAAAGUUGCAGGUCGCUGUGGAGCAAAGCACAUCAAUCCAAAGUGAACUUCUCAACUUCCUUCGUCGAAACAAUUAG